AUGACUAACACCGUCGAUGAUUCAGAACAAACUCAUUUUAAAGGAGUAGUACAUUCACAAAUAUUGACCAAUCCAGGUGCCAUGAUCGCCAAACACCCAUGUCCACAUGACAUAGAACGGUUUAUUUCUAAAACGCGUCGAGAAAUAUCAGACAUUAUUCAUGGCAAGGAUGAUCGCUUAUUGGUGGUGAUUGGUCCUUGCUCAAUACAUAAUAUCACCGAAGCGAUUGAGUAUGCAAAAAAAUUGAGCAUUGUUGCUAAAAAACACGUGUCAACAUUAUUAAUUGUAAUGCGAGUCUAUUUUGAAAAACCACGUACCACAGUCGGUUGGAAAGGCCUCGUAUACGAUCCUCAUUUAGACGGCACGAGCAACAUCAGUGACGGCUUGCAACUGUCUCGACAAUUAUUACUCACGAUUAACAGUUUCCAUCUGCCUUGUGCUUGUGAAUUUUUACAACCGAUGAUCGUACCCUACGUGUCCGACUUGGUCAGUUGGGCUGCAAUCGGUGCUCGCACAACCGAGUCGCAAAUACACCGGGAAUUAGUUAGUGGUUUAAAUAUACCGAUCGGUUUCAAGAAUGGAUCGAACGGAUGCGUGCAAACGGCGGUAGACGCAUGUGUAACGAGUGGAAUGGCCCAUGCCUCGUUGUCAAUCGAUCAUUGGGGCAACAUUGUUAGCUGCUAUACAUCGGGCAACGAAGAUGUACAUGUAGUGUUGCGAGGCGGCAGUGUGACAGGUCCUAACUAUUCAUCGAAGCACGUCAUGGAAACUCAAAAACGGUUAAAAGCGAAUAAUGUAACGAGUAAGAUCAUGAUUGAUUGUUCCCAUGGAAACUCUUUGAAAGAUGGCGAACGUCAAAAACAUGUAAUCGAAGAUAUUUGCCAGCAAAUAGCUAACGGCGAUCAAUCAAUUAUGGGCGUCAUGAUUGAAUCGAAUCUCGUCUGUGGACGUCAAACCUUUCUCGAAGGGAAAAAACAUUUAUUGAAAUACGGCCAAUCGAUAACUGACUCAUGCUUAGGCUGGGACGUGAGCACAGCGCAAUUACAAUUACUAGCAGAAUCUGUUGCUGAUCGUCGACAUCGUAACUAUCAAUCAAAGAUUGUUAGUACUGAAUCCGUUUCAAACACCAAUGUUAACCAUCACCAAUGA